AACAGUUAUUGAUUUGAAUUUUGACAGUCAUUUAGAAACUGAUACUACGAGUGUGUUUGUUGUUCGUGCAAAUGUCACUGAUAAUAUAAAAUAUUGUGCAAGAGUUAUCAAACCAGAAUUUAUUUAAGCCAGUAACAUCGAUAUCAGAAUAAAAUAUGUCGGAAAUACGAAAACGCAAAGGCGAUGAAGAAAUAAUAUCAGAAUCGUCAGACCAUAUAGAUUCAGAAGAAGAAAGGACUCCUGAUGAAUUAUAUGUUAACAAAUUAUCGGCAGACUUGCCCCAGGGUACUGACAAGACACCAGAAGUUCUGGACAGUGCUCUGGCUGGUCUUUCUGCUAGAUGGCGGAAUUGGGUGAUCAGAGGUAUUUUCACAUGGCUAAUGAUUGGAGGCUUUUGCUUGAUAAUUUAUGGAGGACCAUUAGCAUUAAUGGUCACUACAUUAAUAGUUCAAGUGAAAUGUUUUGAGGAGAUUAUAAAUAUUGGAUACCUGGUCUACAGAAUUCAUGGUUUACCAUGGUUUAGAAGCUUGUCUUGGUAUUUCUUAAUAACUUCAAAUUACUUUUUCUAUGGUGAAAAUUUAGUUGAUUAUUUUGGAGUUUUAAUCAGUAGAACAGAUUUUCUGCAGUUUUUAGUGAAGUAUCACAGGUUUUUGUCAUUUUGUUUAUAUUGCAUUGGAUUUGUAUGGUUCGUUCUUUCUUUAGUGAAAAAGUAUUAUAUGAAGCAAUUCAGCUUAUUCGCAUGGACUCAUGUUGCUUUAUUGAUAGUUGUUACACAAUCUUAUUUAAUUAUUCAGAAUAUAUUUGAAGGUCUGAUUUGGCUUAUUGUGCCAGUAUCAAUGAUUGUGUGUAAUGACGUUAUGGCAUAUGUUUUUGGAUUCUUUUUUGGUAAAACUCCUUUGAUCAAACUAAGUCCCAAGAAAACAUGGGAAGGAUUCAUUGGUGGAGGUAUUUCAACAGUGUUGUUUGGAUUACUGCUUUCCUAUAUUAUGUGUCAAUACACAUAUUUUGUGUGUCCAAUCGAAUAUAGUGAAACUCUUGGAAGGAUGUCAAUGGAAUGUGAACCCAGCCCAAUAUUUAGGCCACAAGAAUAUUCAUUAUCGUGGAUGGGAAUUAAAAGCAAUAUCAACAUGUAUCCAUUUUUAUUACAUUCAUUGUCAAUGAGUGUAUUUAGUUCAGUUAUAGGACCAUUUGGUGGCUUUUUUGCCUCUGGUUUUAAGAGAGCCUUUAAAAUUAAGGAUUUUGGGGAUGUAAUACCUGGGCACGGUGGAAUCAUGGACAGAUUUGAUUGUCAAUUCUUAAUGGCUACAUUUGUGAAUGUUUAUAUUUCAAGCUUUAUUCGCACUGCUAGUCCACAAAAGCUUCUGGCACAGGUAUAUAGUCUGAAGCCAGAACAACAGCUCCAACUUUUUUAUAGUUUAAAGGAUACACUCGAAAAUCGUAAUAUAUUGAACUUGAACUGA